CGGCAGCGUCUGACCUCCUGACCAUGAGUCUGCUGAGGCCCAGUGGGCUGAAGGCCCCCACCAAGAUCCUCAAGCAUGGGAGCUGGGCCCUGAAGGCGUCCUCGGCCGCGGCUGCUCCCGUUGAGAAGUCCGUGCCUGGGGAGAAAACCCCCAGCGCCCCCUCCUCGGAGACGCAGGAGGAGUUUGUGGACGACUUCCAGGUCGGGGAACGAGUCUGGGUGAAGGGGAACACGCCUGGAUUCAUCCAGUUCCUCGGGGAAACCCAGUUUGCCCCUGGUCAGUGGGCCGGGAUCGUGUUGGACGAGCCCAUCGGCAAGAACGACGGCUCGGUGGCGGGUGUGCGCUACUUCCAGUGCGAGCCGCUGAAGGGCAUCUUCACCCGGCCGUCCAAGCUGAGCAGGAGCUGGCAGGCCGACGAUGAGACCAACGGCCUGCAGCCAGCGCCUGCUGCCCAGGCCACACCGCCCCUGUCGGCCUCCCCGGCCCCUGCCGCCGCCCCGAAGGCACCCCAGCCCUCCGCGAAGGAGGCACCGGCCGCCCCUCACAUCAGCAACCUGACCAGGACGGCCAGCGAGUCCAUCUCCAACCUCUCGGAGACUGGCUCCCUCAAGAACGGGGAGCAGGAGCUGAAGCUCGGGGACCGGGUGCUGGUGGGAGGCGUGGAGGCCGGUGUGGUGCGCUUCCUCGGGGAGAUGGACUUCGCCAAGGGGGAUUGGUGUGGCGUGGAGCUGGACAAGCCGCUGGGCAAGAACGAUGGCGCCGUGGCCGGAACGAGGUACUUCCAGUGUCAGCCCAAGUACGGCUUGUUUGCUCCCAUUCACAAAGUCACCAAGAUCGGCUUCCCCUCCACGACGCCGGCCAAGGCCAAGGCGGCCCCCGGGAGGCGUGUGAUGGCCACCACCCCCGCCAGCCUGAAGCGCCGCCCGUCGGCCUCCUCGCUCAGCUCCGUGAGCUCCGUGGCCUCAUCCGUGAGCAGCAGGCUCAGCCGCGUGGGACUAUUGCCAGAAACCUCCUCUCGCUAUGCCUGCAAGAUCUCCAGCACCACUGCCCUCCAAGAGGCACUGAAGGAGAAGCAGCAGCACAUUCAGCAGCUGCUGGCCCAGCGGGACCUGGAGAGGGUGGAGGUGGCCAAGGCCACGAGCCAUGUGGGGGUGAUAGAGCAGGAGCUGGCCCGCCGGGACGGGCACGACCAGCACGUCCUGGAGCUAGGGGCCAAGAUGGACAAGCAGCGGGCCAUGCUGGAAGCGAGCGACCGGGAGAAGGUGGAGCUGCUGAACCAGCUGGAGGAGGAGAAGAGCUGCGAGGCAGAAAAGGCUGAUAUGACACUGCGCCUGGCAUUGAAGGAGGUGAAGGCCCUGCAGGCGGCCUCCGAGAAGCUCGCCAAGGAGAACGAGGGGCUGAGAACCAAGCUGGACCAUGCCAACAAGGAGAACGCGGACGUGAUCGCCCUGUGGAAGUCCAAGCUGGAGACGGCCAUCGCCCCGCACCAACAGGCCAUGGGCGAGCCGAAGGCGGCCGUGAGCCGGGGCGUGGGCGCCGAGGCGGCCGAGCUGGCCGAGCUCAAGAUGCAGAUGGAGAGGCUGCAGUUCGAGUACCAGCAGGAGGUGGAGAACCUGAAGGCCCAGCUGGCGGCUGAGCGUGCAGCGCACGCCUCUGAGCUGCAGACGCUCAGGUCGCGGCUGGUCAGGAUGGCCCAGGAGCAGAAGAACAGCCUGGAGGCCGCGUGGGCCAAGCUCGACCAGAGCAAGGACCAGCACCUAGUGGAGAUGGAGGACGCCCUGAACAAGCUGCAGGAGGAGAACUUGAACGAAGCCGGCCGAGUGAAGGAGGCUUUGGAGAAAGAUCUUCGGAGUUUGGGGGAGAAGGUGGACGUGAGCCGCAGCCAGCCCCAGGCUCUGCAGGCCGAGCACGCCAAGUCCACCACGGAGAGCCAGGCGCAGCACGAGGAGGCGCUGCAGGCCCUGCAGAAGCUGCUGCUGCAGGCGGAGAAGCUGCAGGCGGUGCAGGCGGAGAACGGGAGCCUGCUGCGGGAGGUGGCCGAGCUGAAGACGCAAGCCGACGAGGCCAAGGCUGUGCAGACAGCGGAAGAUGCCAGGCAGCUCAUGGAGCAAAUGACCCAAGAGAAGACAGAGACCCUGGCCUCCCUGGAGGACGCCAGGAACACCAAUGCGAAGUUGCAGAGUGAGGUUGUUGAUGUCGGAUCCCUUAAAGAAAACAACUUGAAGAAUGUGGAAGAGCUGAAGAAAUCGAAAGAGCGUCUGACUGUAGAGAAUCAAGAGAUGGAAGAAUUCAAGAAAGAAAUGCCAGGUCCUCCAUCUCCUCUGCCAGCCAGACCGGAGGAGAAUCUGGCCGAGGGUGUCUCCUUGCUCAGGGGAGAAAAUGCCUCUGCCAAGUCCUUGCAUUCAGUUGUUCAGUCCCUGGAAUCUGACAAGGUGAAGCUGGAGCUCAAGGUCAAAAUCUUGGAGCUUCAACUCAAAGAGAACAAAAGGCAGCUCGAGAGCUGGGCAGCUGGCUGCACAGGAGGGUGA